UGAACAACUACUUGUAUUUUGUUCGAGGGUGUAGCAUGGAAACUCUCCUUUGUAGAGUAUUUUUCUUAAAAUAGUUGUCGUUCGUUUUGUAAUAGCCUUAUUAGUUUGUGCUUAUUCGUGAAUGUUCGUGAACGUACUUGACCUUCGAAAAACUUAUGACAGCAGACCAUCAAACUAAUUAAAUCUAGAACGGAUAAUGCAGUGGAAAAUAGACUCUAUCCUUGUCUUGUGACGACUUUCAUUGCAAGUAGAAUAACCGUUAAUAAAAGGACAACACGGGAACGCGUCGUUUUCUGAAAGGAAUUAAUGUUCAGUGUGCUAUGGUUUUAUCAGUGAAGACAGUUUAUUAGAAAAGUUUAUCCGUUCACGGAUCCUAAAGCAGAAAACAUUAAAGGGGCAAUCGGAGCUUACAGGGUUGUCUGCAGUAUGCUCACGGUUUGCAAUAGGGGGAUAUUAUGGCUGCAGGUGAGGCCAGCACAACAAAGCCUCGUCAAGAAAAGCAAUACGAUUACCUUCUUAAAUUUUUACUGGUGGGUGACAGCGACGUUGGAAAACAAGAGAUCUUGAGUGGACUUGAAGAUGGUGCUGCCGAAUCUCCGUUUUGCAGCGGCAGUGCAUAUAAAACCACUACUAUCUUACUAGAUGGGAAAAGAGUAAAGUUACAGUUAUGGGACACAUCGGGUCAAGGUAGAUUUUGUACAAUAAUCAGGUCUUACUCACGCGGUGCACAAGGUAUAAUUUUAGUCUACGAUAUUACCAAUAAAUGGUCUUUUGAUGGCAUCGACAGAUGGCUGAAGGAAGUUGAUGAGCAUGCUCCGGGUGUACCGAAAGUACUUGUUGGAAAUCGUCUUCAUUUAGCGUUUAAAAGGCAAGUAGGAGAACGUGAUGCGGAAACAUAUGCAGCUAAAAAUCAUAUGGCGUUUUUUGAAGUUUCACCCCUUUGUAACUUUAACAUUCGUGAAAGUUUUUCCGAACUUUCUCGUAUGGCACUGCAUCGCAAUGGCAUGGAAAGAUUAUGGCGAUCUAAUAAAGUGCUCAGUCUUCAAGAACUUGCAUGUCGUGCAAUAGUGGCACGAACGACAGUCUACGGUAUCGAUCAGCUUCCGUUGCCUAAGUCGAUUAAAUCUCACCUAAAAUCGUACGCAAUGACGACUACGUCUCAAUUACGUUACAAUGGAAAUAGAUCGUUGAGUUCUAGUAAAAGUCUUGGUUCUCAUCAUCGGAAAUUGCGUUUCGUUGGUGUGGGUUACAACGGACUGUCCACUCCUGGUAGUUCGCCCGGUAGCAUAACAGAUGCCCGUACCAGCUGCGUCGGUCGCAAUUCAUGCGUAAUAUCUUGAGGGUAAUUUUAGAGUUGCAGUUAACUUGUAAAACAUGCAACACAGUAUCAACGUUCUUCCUCCCUGUUUUGAUGUAUAA